GGGAGCAUGAACCUGGUUGAAAAUGGAUUGCAUUCGUUAUGGAACUAGGUUACCUCCGGGCGUGUGCCAGGUUCCCCAUCCAAAGCCCACGGCUAAAUAGGUUCAAAACAAAAGUGAAGUAGCCUAGGCUAGAUUAAGCACUUGUAGUAAAGAGUAUGAUUCUGUGUUCUGACCUGCAAAAGUGAUUGCUUAUUUGCUUGAUCAAAACGCUUUAUCUACCUUCCCAAUGAAAAUUCGUUUUAAAAAAAAUCGAACAUAUAUUUUAUGGAAAAUAGAUUUUUAUGGACGAUGGUUCUAUGCUGACAAUUUGACCAAACGGUGCAGAUUGCUGUUCGAUUUGAGUAGGGCGCUCCUCGCUGCUUUUGCCCGUUCACCAGAGCGGUGUACCGCGGCUCAGGUUAAUAGAACUCCCUCGGUCUGAAACCGCGUGAGAAAGUUGCUUUUGAGGCAAGCUAACGUUAUAUGUUGUUGUGCUGGUAGUUAUCAAAACAACAAAAACAUUUACGAAACCUUUCUUGCACUACAGCCCCCCCAUGUAUUCGAAUACAGGAAAUUCUUCGGUUAACGAAUAUUAAUUUAUACCGAGCAUUCACCACAAGCUAUUGCGGCAAGUCAAAUUGCAAUUAACUUCUGUCGAUUUGUUUUAGUAGCCUACGCUUCUAAUGACCGCGUUGUGGGUUUGGCUUGUUGACUAACUGGAGUUUCGGGCUAUUUGGAUAUUGCUGCGUGGACAGGAUUACAGUCUACAUGAAUAGGAAGACUAGUAGGAGACUUUUUUUGUUGUUGUCCUCACCUGUUUUUUCUCUCCCUUCUAUGGUUGAUACAUGAUCGUAUGUUGGAGUAGUUUACAGCGAGAGAAAAGGAGAUUCUUACACGCAUCAUUCACCGGAGCACCGCGGAUAAAGUGUUGACGGGAGAUCUAUGAGGACGAAUGGUCGGAUUUGUUUGUGUCAUUUAACGGACAGUCUCGGAAGGAGCUAGGAUGAAUUUAUCGUAAUCUGGAGCAUCCCCGCGCCUGUCCCUAUUUUGUUAGCAGACGGGUUUAUCAGGAACCGGGCAUCUGCCGAGGUAGAACGAUGUAUCCCCAGGGUCGACACCCGACACCCCACCAGGCCUCAGGCCAACCUUUCAAAUUCACCAUCCCAGAGUCACUGGACCGCAUCAAAGAGGAGUUCCAGUUUCUCCAAGCUCAGUACCACAGUUUGAAAUUGGAGUGUGAGAAGCUGGCCAGUGAGAAGACAGAGAUGCAGAGGCACUAUGUUAUGUACUAUGAAAUGUCUUACGGGCUGAACAUUGAAAUGCACAAACAGACCGAGAUUGCCAAGAGGCUCAAUACCAUCUGUGCACAAGUCAUCCCCUUCCUCUCACAGGAGCACCAACAGCAGGUGAUCCAGGCAGUGGAGAGGGCCAAGCAGGUCACCAUGGGCGAACUCAAUUCUGUCAUCGGGGUACGUGGCCUUCCCGGUCUACCACCCACACAUCAGCAUCUGUCCCACGCGCACGGCCCCCAUGUCCCCCUCACCCCCCACCCAGCUGGGCUCAACCCAGCCCACUUAGGGGGAGGGGCCAGCCUGCUCGCCCUGUCCAGUGCCCUGGGGGCGCCACUGCACCACCUGGCGGGCAAAGAGGACAAGAAACACCCGGCGGAGGCUGAGCAGCUGAGAGAGCAAGAGCCGGGCACAAGUAAUACCCUGCCGGUUGCUGACAGUUUGAGGAACUCAGACAAGCGACGCAACGGACCUGAACUCCCCAACGACACCAAGAAGAGGAAAGUAGAGGACAAGGACUCUAGUCAUUAUGAUAGUGAUGGAGAGAAGAGUGAUGACAACCUGGUGGUGGAUGUCUCCAAUGAGGAUCCUGCCUCCCCUCAUGGUACGCCCCUGCCCUCCCCCAGAGAGAACGGGCUGGACAAGACACGCCUCCUGAAGAAGGACCCAUCCUGUAGCCCCGCCUCCACAGCCUCCUCUGCAAGCUCCUCCUCCCUCAAGUCCAAAGAGAUGGGAAUGCGUGACAAGCCGGGUACGCCUCAACCGAAGUCGAGCACUCCCACUCACCGAGGAGACUCCACCCCCGGACCCAGUGCCACACCCGCUCUCCGCCCCAGCCUAUCCAAGCCCCCCUCCAUGGAGCUACCUCACCCACCUACUCUUGUCUACUCCCUAGCCGCUGGUCUGCGGACUCCGCUGGCGGUGUCAGGGCCGUACCCCGGGCCGUUUGGCAUGCUGCCUCACGCCGCCAUGAAUGGGGAGCUGGCAAGUGCCGGCGCAGGCUACGCCGGCCUCCACAACAUGUCCCCUCAGAUGAGCGCUGCGGCGGCUGCCGCUGUGGCUGCCUACGGACGCUCCCCUAUGGCCGGCUUUGACCCUCAUCCUCACAUGAGAGUCCCUGGAAUGACCCCAAGCUUAUCAGGCAUCCCUGGAGGCAAACCAGCCUACUCCUUCCAUGUUAGCGCCGAUGGACAGAUGCAGCCGGUACCGUUCCCUCCAGAUGCCCUGGUGGGCCCUGGCAUCCCGCGCCAUGCACGCCAGAUCAACACGCUGAACCACGGUGAGGUGGUCUGUGCUGUCACCAUCAGCAACCCCACGCGCCAUGUCUACACAGGCGGCAAGGGCUGCGUCAAGGUCUGGGACAUCAGUCACCCUGGCAACAAGAGUCCUGUGUCCCAACUGGACUGCCUGAACCGAGACAACUAUAUCCGCUCGUGCCGGCUGCUCCCCGACGGCCGGACGCUCAUCGUGGGGGGCGAGGCCAGCACACUGUCAAUCUGGGACCUAGCCACGCCCACUCCACGCAUCAAGGCGGAGCUGACCUCCUCAGCCCCGGCCUGCUAUGCCCUGGCCAUCUCCCCUGACUCCAAGGUGUGCUUCUCCUGCUGCAGCGAUGGGAACAUCGCCGUCUGGGACCUGCACAACCAGACCCUGGUCAGACAGUUCCAGGGCCACACAGACGGAGCCAGCUGUAUUGACAUCUCCAACGAUGGGACCAAGCUGUGGACGGGUGGGCUGGACAACACCGUACGCUCCUGGGACCUAAGAGAGGGACGCCAGCUGCAGCAGCACGACUUCACCUCACAGAUCUUUUCUCUGGGGUACUGUCCGACGGGAGAGUGGCUGGCGGUGGGGAUGGAGAGUAGUAAUGUGGAGGUGCUCCACGUCACCAAGCCAGACAAGUACCAGCUCCACCUCCACGAGAGCUGUGUGCUCUCUCUCCAGUUUGCUUCCUGUGGUAAAUGGUUUGUGAGCACAGGAAAGGAUAACCUGCUGAAUGCGUGGAGGACACCGUACGGAGCCAGUAUAUUCCAGUCGAAGGAGUCUUCGUCAGUGCUAAGCUGUGACAUCUCAGUGGAUGAUAAGUACAUAGUUACAGGUUCUGGAGAUAAGAAGGCCACUGUCUAUGAAGUCAUCUACUAGACUGCACUGGUGAGCACUAUGAUCAGCAACUGACAACCCAAAGUAGCUUUCACUGUCCUAAAACCAACCCUGGGUCAGGGGAUACUGCAGAAAAUUCUACACCCUUUGACUUUUUCCACAUUUUGUUGUGUUACAGCCUGAAUUUAGAUUUCUUUUUGGUCACUGGCCUACACAAAAUACCCCAUAAUGUCAAAUGGGUUUUGAGUCAAUAAGUAUUCAACCCCUUUGUUAUGGCAAGCCUAAAUAGGAGUAAAAAUGUGCUUAACAAGUCACACAAUACGUUGCAUGGACUCUGUGUGCAAUAAUAGUGUUUAACAUGAUUUUUGAAUGACUACCUCAUCUCUGCACCCCACACAGACAGUGCAAUUAUCUGUAAGGUCCCUCAGUCGAGCAGUGAAUUUCAAACACCGAUUCAACAACAAACUACCAGGGAGGUUUUCCAAUGCUUCGAAAGAUGUGCACCUAUUGGUAGAUGGGUGAAAAAGCAGACAUUGAAUAUCCCUUUUUAAAUAACUUCCCAUAGUGAAGUUAUUAGUUACAAUUCGGAUGGUGUAUCAAUACACCCCGUCACUACAAAGAUGCAGGCAUCCUUGCUAACUCAGUUGCCGGGGAGGAAGAAAACCACUCAGGGAUUUCACCAUGAUGCCAAUGGUGACUUUAAAAUAGUUUAAUGGCUGUGUUAGGAUGGCUGUGUUAAUCUGAUGAUGGAUAGCAUUGUAGUUACUCCACAAUGCUAACCCAAUUGACAGCGUGAAAAGAAAGCCUGUACAGAAUACAAAUAUUCCAAAACAUGCAUCCUGUUUGCAACAAGACACUAAAGUAAUACUUCAGAAAAUGUGGCAAAGCAAUUAACAUUUUGUCCUGAUGUUUGGGACAAAUCCAAUACAACACAUUACUGAGUACCACUCUCCAUAUGUUUAAACAUAGUGAUGGCUUCAUCAUGUUAUCGGUAUGCUAUUAAUUGUUAAGGACUGGGCAUUAAAUACAAAUAAUGAAUGGAGCUAAGCACAUGUAUAAUCCUAAAGGAUAACCUGAUUCAGUCUGCUUUCUGCUAGACACUGGGAGAUUACUUUACCUUCAGCAGGACAAUAACCUAAAACACAAGGCCACUGGAGUUGCUUACCAAGAAGACAGUGAAUGUUCCUGAGUGGCCUAGUUACAUUUUUCACUUAAAUCUAUGACGAGACCUAAAAGUUGUCUAGCAAUGACCAUAACCAAUUUGACAGAGCUUGAAUCAUUUUGAAAAGAAUAAUGGGCAAAUGUUGCCCAAUCCAGGUGUGGAAUGUUCUUAGAGAUUUACCCAUAAAGUCUCACAGCUGUAGUCUCUGCCAAAGGUGCUUCUACAAAGUAUUGACUCAGAGGUGUGAAUGAGAUACCUGUAUUUUAUUUUCAAGAAAUUAGCAAGCCUUUCUAAAAACAUGUUUUCACUUUGUCAUUAUAGGAUGUUGGGUGGGGUGCCUUUAAACAGUUUGGAAAAUUCCAGAAAAUGUCAUGGCUUUAGAAGAUUCUGAUAGGCUAAUUGACAUAAUUUUAGUCAAUUGGAGGUGUUCCUGUGGAUGUAUUUCAAGGCCUCCCUUCGAACUCAGUGCCUCUUUGCUUGAUAUCAUGGGAAAAUCAAAAGAAAUCAGCCAGGAAAAAAAAUUGUAGACCUCCACAAGUCUGGUUCAUCCUUGGGAGCAAUUUCCAAAUGCCUGAAGGUACCACGUUCAUCUGUACAAACAAUAGUAACCAAAUAUAAACACCAUGGGACCACGCAGCCAUCAUACUGCUCAUGAAGGAGACGCGUUCUGUCUCCUAGAGAUGAACAUACUUUGGUGCGAAAAGUGCAAAUCAAUCCCAGAACAAUAGGAAAGGACCUUGUGAAGAUGCUGGAGGAAACGGGUAAUAAGUAUCUAUUAGAGGUCGACCGAUUAUGAUUUUUCAAUGCCGAUACCGAUUAUUGGUGGACCGAAAAAAGUUGAAACCGAUUAAUCUGCCGAUUUUAUACAUAUAUUUGUAAUAAUGACAAUUACAACAAUACUGAAUGAACAAUGAACACUUAUUUUAACUUAAUAUAAUACAUCAAUAAAAUCGAUUUAGUCUUAAAUAAAUAACGAAACAUGUUCAAUUUGGUUUAAAUAAUGCAAAAACAAAGUGUUGGAGAAGAAAGUAAAAGUGCAAUGUAAGAAAGCUAACGUUUAAGUUCCUUGCUCAGAACAUGAGAACAUAUGAAAGCUGGUCAAUCCUUUUAACAUAAGUCUUCAAUAUUCCCAGAUAAGAAGUUUUAUGUUAUAUUAUAGGACUAUUUCUCUCUAUACCAUUUGUAUUACAUAUACCUUUGACUAUUGGAUGUUCUAAUAGUUACUUUAGUAUUGCCAGCCUAAUCUCGGGAGUUGAUAUGCUUCAAGCAUUGCGAAAAGCUGCUGCCAAACGCAGGAAAGUGUUUUUGAAUGAAUGCUUACGAGCCUGCUGCUGCCUACCACUGCUCAGACUCCUCUAUCAAAUCAUAGACUUAAUUAUAACAUAAUAACACACAGAAAUACGAGCCUUAGGUCAUUAAUAUGGUCAAAUCCGGAAACCUAUCAUUUCGAAAACAAAACGUUUAUUCUCUGAAAUACGGAACCGUUCCGUAUUUGAUCUAACGGGUGGCAUCCAAACUGCUGCAUAUACCCUGACUCUGUUGCACAGAAGGCAAGAGAAGUGAAACAAUUAUUUCAAAUAAAUUCAUGUUAGCAGGCAAUAUUAACUAAAUAUGCAGGUUUAAAAAUAUAUACUUGUGUAUUGAUUUUAAGAAAAGCGUUGAUGUUUAUGGUUAGGUACACAUUGGUGCUACGACAGCUCUUUUUUUUGCGAAUGUGCUUGUUAAAUCACCCAGUUGGCAAAGUAUGCUGUGAUUCAAUGAUAAAUUAACAGGCACUGCAUCGAUUAUAUGCAACGCAGGACAAGCUAGAUAAACUAGUAAUAUCAUCAACCAUUAACUAGUGAUUAUGUUAAGAUUGAUUGUUUUUUAUAAGAUACGUUUAAUGCUAGCUAGCUCCUUGCUGCACUCGCAUAACAGGUAGUCAGCCUGCCACGCAGUCUCCUCGUGGAGUGCAAUGUAAUCGGCCAUGAUCAGUAUCCAAAAAUGCCUAUUACCAAUUGUUAUGAAAACUUGUAAUCAGCCAUUCUGAUUAAUCGGUCGACCUCUAGUAUCUAUAUCCACAGUAAAACGAGUCCUAUAUCUACAUAACUUGAAAGUCCGCUCAGCAAGGAAGAACGGUUUCCAACUGCACAUGGGGACAAAGAUCGAACUUUUUGGAGAAAUGUCCUCUGGUCUGAUGAAACAAAAAUAGAAUUGUUUGGCAAUAUUGACCAUCGUUAUUUUUGGAGGGAAAAGGGGGAGGCUUGCAAGCCGAAGAACACCAUCCCAACCAUGAAGCACAGGGGUGGCAGCAUCAUGUUAUGUGGGUGCUUUGCUACAGGAGGGACUGGUGCUCUUCACAAAAUAGAUGGCAUCUUGAUGUAAGACAAUUAUGUGGAUAUAUUGAAGAAACAUCUCAAGACAUCAGGAAGUUAAAGCUUGGUCGCAAAUGGGUCUUCCAAAUGGACAAUGACCCCAAGCCGACUUCCAAAGUUGUGGCAAAAUGGCUUAAGGACAGCGAAGUCAAGGUAAUGGAGUGGCGAUCACAAAGCCCUGACCUCAAUCAUAUAGAAAGUUUGUGGGCAGAACAGAAAAAGUAUGUGCUAACAAGGAGGCCUACAAACCUGACUCUGUUGCACCAUAUCUGUCAGGAGGAAUGGGCCAAAAUUCACCCAACUUAUUGUGGAAAGCUUGUGGAAGGCUACCUGAAACGUUUGACCCAAGUUAAACAAUUCAAAGGCAAUGCUACCCAAUACUAAUUGAGUGUAUGUAAACUUCUGACCCACUGGAAAUGCAAUGAAAGAAAUAAAAACUGAAAUAAAUAAUUCUCUCUCCUAUUAUUCUGACACUUCACAUUCUAAAAAUAACGUGGUGAUCCUGACUGACCUAAAGCAGGAUUUUUACUAGGAUUAAAUGUCAGGAAUUGUGAAAAACUGAGGUUAAAUGUAUUUGGCUAAGGUGUAUGUAAACUUCUGACUUCAACUUUAUAUUUAAUCCAAUUUUGAAUUCAGGCUGUAACGCAACAAAAUGUGAAAUAAGUCAAGGGGUAUGAAAACUUUCUGAAGGUACUGUAUAUACGUGACCUUUGAACUGUACAACUGACCCUGGGUCAUGGGAUCCUACAGAACAUUCUCUAUACAUGACCAUUCAUGGGCAGAGCUUCCAGAACAAUUGAUGAUGGACAGACGGGCGGAUGUAUGCAUGGAUAUGGAGAGAUGGACCGAAACCUCAUUAUAGACAGAUGGACAGAAAGGCGGACCGAAACCUCAGAGGUGCCGAAUUAAUGGCAUUGUAGUUUAUUUUUACAGACAAAGAAUGUGAAUGGCCAGGUGAUCUCUACCAUUUGUGACCUCUGACCUCAGCUUGCUCUUCUUUCAGACAUGACUUUCCACUCAGACCUUUCACACCCUAGUACUGUGUCCUUUCCUACAUGUCUGCUAUUGCUAUUGUGUAAUUAGUUUUCUUUUCUUUGUAUUUUAUCGGUCGAGUACUUGUAAAAAGUGUAUAUAUUUGUUUUCUUACAGUAAUUGCUUUAGAAAUAACAAAUGUUUGGUAUGUCUUUUACAUGGAAAAUAUCUAACCAGGAAAAAACACUAAAUGGUCUUAAUGCUAGCUAAUAUAAAUCAAUUGAAAUGUCUAGACAAUAAAUGUUCUUUUUGUUCUAACAAA